CACCACACUUCAUCGCACCAAGAAACACAGCUUCACGUUACGGUCUCUUCAUUAUGUUUUCCCGUAUAGCUCUUCUUACUCUUUGGGUUGCUGCCGCUCUGGCACCGACGAAUGCCUUUACCACCGUUCCUCCGCUGACGCGUGUGGGUGCCACGGCGUUACGGGAGAAGCGUGCGGAAGAUACCGACCAGAUCCAGUUUGGCGGCGAGCGCGGGGUCAGUGUCGACCAGGACGGCAAGUCCAACGUGUGGGCGAUUGAACCCAAGGUCGAACUCGAAACCAAGUCCAGUGAAGAAAAAACGCAGGGGUUGCUCGUGGCCGGAGGCGGCGUCCUCGCCGCCGCCGUGGCGGCCGGAAUCAUUCUGACCAAUCUGCCCGAUCCGAAUCAAUUCUAAAAUACUUCUAUACACACUCGACGGUGUGUCACUGGAAACGUUACCGUUGGGAAGCGUGAACGAAGGGCUUUUUGGUGGUGGAUGCAAUUGCGCGGGAGUGGUGGAACGACACGAGACCCACC